AUGAUUACGGCUACAGAUACUGGCGUGCCACCUUUAUCUGCUAAUUUGACAGUUUUAGUAGAGGUGCAGGAUGUGAACGACAACGCUCCUGUUUUCGAACGGAAGGAGUAUUCGUUGAGUAUUUUGGAAUCACUAACGGUCAAUACACAGAUACUACAGCUCACAGCUAUAGAUGCCGACAGCGGCAACAACGCCAGAAUAACCUAUCGUCUGCUAUCGUAUGCUAAUUCUUCAGAUGAUUCGGAUAUCCAGGAAAUCUUCGGCAUUUUUCCCAAUAGCGGUUGGCUUUAUCUCCGCUCUCCUCUCGAUCGAGAAACUAAGGAUAAAUAUAUAUUAACAGUUGCCGCCAGCGAUAACGGUACUCCUUCAGAAACAGCUACCACCAAAGUAAUACUACAGAUCCUAGACGCUAACGAUAACGAUCCAGUGUUUGCCAGAGACUCAUAUGAAUUUAAGAUCGAAGAAAAUUUGAGAAGGGGGACACUCGUGGGCAAAGUUAUGGCUACAGAUGCUGAUAUUGAACAGAACGCGGCGUUGAGAUACAGUCUAAUACCUGGAAAUAGCAGUUUUCAGAUCAAUCAAAUCACCGGCGAAAUAACUACCAAAGAUCCCUUAGAUCGAGAACAAAAACAAUCCCACGACUUAGUGGUAGAAGCCAGAGACCAAGGCGUUCCUUCACGAAGCUCCCGAGUUGUAGUUGUCAUCUCAGUGCUAGACGUGAAUGACAAUGCUCCCGAAAUAGUUGACCCCCAAGAAGACGUUAUCAGUGUUCGAGAAGAACAACCUCCUGGUACCGAAGUCGUACGUGUUAGAGCAGUAGACAUCGACAAUGGACCAAACGCUACAAUAACCUACUCGGUGGUUAAGAAUAGGGAUUUUGACGGUCACAACGUUUUUUCUAUCGAUCCUGUAACUGGUGUCAUUAAAACAAGAAUGAUUUUGGACCACGAAGAGAAAACUAUCUACAGACUGGCAGUAGCUGCAACAGACGGUGGUCAGCCUCCAAAACAGAGUGUUCGAAUUUUAAGAGUGGAAGUAUUAGACCUUAACGAUAACAGACCGACUUUCACCAGCUCCAGUCUUGUAUUUACGGUAAAGGAAGAUGCAUCGAUUGGUCACGUAGUGGGAUCCAUAUCUAUAUCGGAACCAGUCCACGAAAACUCCCUAAAUGGAGCAGGCGGAUACAUUACUUAUACUCUUAACUCGUUAUCGUCAGACACUUUGGGUGAUGCUUUUGAUAUAGAUAGAAGUACAGGAUCAUUGGUGGUUUCGCGACAGCUAGACAGAGAGACCCAGUCAGAAUAUAGAUUGGAAGUGAGAGCAUUGGACACUAGUGCUAUGAAUAAUCCGCAGAGUAGUGCUAUUACAGUUAGAAUAGAUGUAGCUGAUGUAAAUGAUAAUGCUCCUAAAUGGCCGCAAGAUCCUAUGACUUUUCAAGUUAACGAAAAUACUGACAUUGGUAUGUCCAUUUACAAUUUUACCGCCUCAGAUGCAGACACUGGCAGCAAUAGUGAUCUUAGGUAUAAUUUAUUGAGGCAGUAUCCUCCUUCUAAUUGCUUUAUGAUAGAUUCCUUGACCGGAACCUUGAAUUUGGUAUCAAAAUUGGAUUUCGAAGUCACUCAAGAAUACACGCUAGUCAUUUCUGCAACUGACCAAUCACAUAAUGUGUCUGAAAGGCUUAGUACUUCCGUUACAGCACGAAUACUAGUAACUGACUUUAACGACAAUACACCGAAAUUCGUAUCACCUACUUCUUCUGUGUUUAUAAGUGAAUCUAGUAUAAUUGGUAUGACUUUGACACAUAUAGUAGCAGUAGACUUGGACAGUGGUGAUAAUGGAAGAGUUACUUAUGUGAUAUCCAGCGGAAACGAACAUGGGACUUUCUCUUUAGGUUACGACACAGGAAGCCUUACGUUAACCAAACCUCUACCGUCUAGUCAAAAAUCUUUUUUAUUGAACAUAACAGCUAAUGACCAUGGCACACCUACCAGAAGAGCCACCAUGGAACUGAAAGUGGUUGUCCAAGAUUCUAUAGAUAGUGUUCCCAAGUUUCUAGAGGUUCAAUACAUGGCUGAAGUUUCUGAAGAUGUCGCGGUUGGUUCGGUCAUUACUACAGUUACUGCAAGAUCUGGAGUAUCGUCACAAACCAACAACCUCACUUUCAUCCUGCCCUCGGACGAAACUUUUGGAAUCAUCUCACCAACUGGAGAAGUAGUUACGAAGAAGACACUCGACAGAGAAGAAGUAGAAACGUACAUUUUAACAAUAUACGUUAGUGAAUCUUCGCAUAAAACUACCAUUUUCGAUAUGACGACACUUGUCAUUAAAGUGACUGACAUCAACGAUAAUGCUCCAAUUUUCCAGCCUGGAUCUUGCUACGGAUUAUCUGUCCCGGAAAAUUCAGAUACAGCUGUUAUCCAUACUAUUGUCGCUGAAGAUGAUGACGAAGGUGCAAACGGGGAAAUUUUCUAUAGUAUAACGAGUGGCAAUAUAGGAAACAAAUUCAGCGUCGAUGCCAAGAACGGCGAUAUCUCAGUCAGACCUUUAGACAGAGAAAGCCAAUCGAGGUAUCACUUAACUAUAGUUGCGAGAGAUCGAGGCAGUCCCUCUUUGCAAAGUACCUGCAAUUUAACAAUUUCCGUCGAAGACCAGAAUGACAACGAUCCCAAGUUCGAUUUGUCGAAAUAUUCUACUGCGAUUUUAGAAGAUGUGCCCAUCGAUACUUCGGUUCUUAAAGUCCAUGCUUCGGAUGCAGAUCUUGGAAUGAACGCCAGAAUUAUUUAUUCAUUAGCUAACGAGAGUCAUUGGUUAUUUCGAGUUGAUAAUAAAACUGGAGUUAUUACUACUGCAGGUAUCUUCGAUAGAGAACAUCAAAGUGUCUACAACUUCCUCAUAGUGGCGACAGAUGGAGGAAAAUACAAUGCUCGGUCCCAAAGCGUUCCAGUCACCGUCAAAAUUCUGGACGUCAACGACAACAAACCCAUCUUCACUCACUAUCCAUUUAAGCAUAAAGUAGCUCCUUACAUUCAACCAGGACAAAUGAUUCUGAAAGUAACUGCUAACGAUGCCGACGAAGGUACCAACGCAGACAUCGUCUAUAGUAUAUCCAGACAUGACUCCUACGGAAAGUUUAGAAUCAACCCAAACUCUGGGAUCAUUACUACAACGCAGAGUCUUGCCAGUAACAAAGGAAAAGUUCUAUAUCUGAAUAUACUAGCAACAGAUAAAGGUAAUCCUCCAAGGAGCUCCUCUGGACUAGUGGAAAUUAUAGUAGGUGAUAUGCAAGAAGGUUCUCCCGAGUUACGGUUUCAAAACGACACUUAUACUGUCCAAAUAGCUGAAAAUGCCGAACAAUUCAGAGAUAUUAUACAAGUAGCUGCUAUCAGAAGUGACGGCAGACGACAAGAGAUUGUUUAUUAUAUAGGCAGUGGAAAUGAAGAUAAUAUUUUCGUCAUUAAUUCUGACAGCGGCAUUAUUCAAGUGCGAGAUCCGAAGAAUCUAGACUACGAACUUCACAAAACUAUUAAUUUGGUCGUUGAAGCCAAAACGAAAGGUUCUCCUACAUUACACGGCUAUUGUAAAGUUGUUAUUCAACUCACCGAUGAGAAUGACAACUCUCCAAAGUUCACACAACAACAGUAUGCCGCUAGUGUUUGGGAAGGCAACAAAAAGGGCGAAUUCGUGCUGCAAGUAGUUGCGUCAGAUGCAGACGAAGGAGCUAAUUCCCGUAUUCUCUACCACAUAGUCGACGGCAAUCACGAUAAUGCCUUUAAGAUUGAACCAGCCUUUAGUGGAAUACUUAAGACCAAUAUUGUUUUAGACCGAGAAAUUCGCGACUUAUAUCGGCUGACUGUCAUUGCAACAGACGAAGGUGUACCUCAAAUGACAGGAACUGCGAGAAUUAGAAUCAACGUAGUCGACAUAAACGACAAUCAACCAACUUUUCCACCACACAGCAUAAUAACAGUCAAAGAAGAUACACCAGUAGGAACCGUACUAACCAUCGUAACUGCCAACGAUGUCGAUACAUAUCCACCUCUUACUUACAGCUUUGCUAAGAAUAACUUUAAAAACGAUCUGCAGUACUUUAGCAUCGAUAGAUACAGUGGGAAAGUUGUUUUGAAGAAACCUUUGGACUUCGAGCUGUGGCAAGAGUGCAAAAUUGGGAUUGUCGCUUCGGAUAUGGCGCAUAUAGCUCAAACGACCCUUACGAUCAAGGUCAUGGAUGUUAACGACAAUGCUCCUGUGUUUUUGCAACCGUCGUACUUUGCCAGUUUACCAGAUGGUACUUCAGGAAGCCUCACUGACGUAAUAACUCUAAACGCAAGCGACGCAGACAUGGAGGACAACGCUAAAAUCACUUACUCCUUGGUAGAUGCAGCACCAGGAUUUUCAAUAGACAGCAACGAUGGAAUUGUAAGGGUCAAUCUGUCUGCGGCCUCUCGCUACAACGAGGAUAUUCUGCUAACUGUUAAAGCCAGUGACAAUGGAAGCCCCCCGCUACACACAGUAGUACCAGUUAAAGUUAGAAGCAACGGUGGCGUUAGUACCGGGCUGAAGUCAUUGAACAAAAUGGAGUACAAGAUUAAUGUGCCAGAAAACAUCACCAAAGGAUCAACAAUAAUGAAUCUAGCAAAACCAAUCAACACACCUUCCGGAUUCUUUAGAAUUGUCGACGGCAACGAAGAAAGUAUAUUCGAAAUAAUUAAUCCAGCCGGUACACUCAUCCUCAUCAAAACUCUAAACCGCGAAGUGCAAAACAGUUAUAAUCUAAAGAUAUCGACUGAUAGUUCCUCUUUGUCAUUGGUGAAUGUUCAAAUAACGGUAGAAGAUUGUAACGACAAUGCUCCGGUGUUUCAAACCACCGAUUACGAAAAAACAAUUAGUGAAAAUCUUCCAGUUGGUUCAUCGAUUGAAACAAUAGUCGCCACUGACGCUGACUUGACUGGCUCGCCUAAUUCUGAAAUUGUCUACGACAUCACAUCCGGAAAUGAUGAAGGAAGCUUUAAGUUAAACCCUGAUACGGGUGUAUUAUACGUUAAUAAAACUUUGGAUUUCGACAGAGGCAACACUGAAUAUAAUUUCGUUAUAAGAGCUUGUGACAAGGGCGUUCCAAGCCUCUGCUCUCUAAAUACCUUCCAAAUAACCUUACAAGAUGAAAACGAUAAUGAGCCAAAAUUCCCAGUAUCAGAGUACUACGAAUUUGUAGGAGAAAACGAACCUGUAGGUACAGCUGUAUUUACUGUUCAUGCUACUGAUGCCGAUAAAGGUCCUUUUGGUCAAUUAACUUACUCUAUAGUGCCUUCGUAUGCGCAACUAGAUAAUUCCUGGAAGUUGUUCCAUAUAGAUCCCACCACAGGAGUUGUUACCACUUCCACUGUGUUCGAUUACGAACAAAGAAGUCGUUAUAAUUUUGUAGUGCAAGCCGAAGAUGCUGGAGGUAAAACUACUUCGGUCAAAGUCAGGGUAGAGAUUGAGGGUAAAGACGAAUUCCAUCCACAGUUUACAGAAAGAACGUACAAGCUCACUCUACCUACUUCCUCUGCUCUUCCUGUUGGUUAUGUAGUGGGACAUGUCACGGCGACUGAUCGGGAUAAAGGUCCAGAUGGAAGAGUAGUUUACCAAUUGACGACGCAGCAUUCGUACUUCAAAGUCAAUAGAACUACUGGCGAUAUACUUAUUAAGAAGAAGUUGGAUUAUUCUGAAUUGCCGACUUCUGGUAGAGAGAUUAGUUUGGUAAUAACAGCAAGUUCAGGUAGACAAGGUUCUUUGGCUAAUAUGACAGUAGUUGAGAUUAUACUAGAUCCACUGGCAGAUCCUGGCACCAAUUUAGCUAUUAACAGAGACGGAGAUACAGCUGUAUCGGCUGCUAGUGGUGGAAUAGCUGACUGGGCUUUAGGAUUACUUAUUGCUUUGAUACUAUUGAUAAUUACAUUCGGAGCAGUAUUCGUAUUCUUGCAUAUGAGAAAUAAGCGGAAUAAAAAAAUUAAUAAACCAAAUCUAGGCAACGAUACUGUGUCGACGUCGAAUAAUUACGUUGAUCCUAGCGCUUUUGACACAAUACCGAUUAGAAGUGGGGUUGGUUCGUUACAAGGAAGCAAUAACCAGUUUGCGCCUCCGAAGUACGACGAAAUACCACCGUACGGAGCUGCCCAUCCGGCGAGUUCCAAUUCCGGUGCUGCAACAACUUCAGAGUUGUCAGGAUCUGAACAGUCUGGUUCUAGUGGUAGAGGUUCUGCUGAAGACGACGGUGAAGACGAGGAAAUUCGAAUGAUUAAUGAAGGGCCUUUGCAAAGAGAAGCUGGACAUAGGAAGAGCGAAGAAGGUGAUAGUCUUUCAAAUACUUCGGUAAGGAACACUCAGGAGUACUUAGCACGUUUGGGCAUUAUUAAUAAUAAUAUAUCAAGUCUUCCACCGGCUAGUACUCGACUGCAUACGGAUCCGAGAAGUAGUAAAGCAGUACAAUUAGAUAUUUUUGACGAAGAAGUCGGUAAUGAGAACGAUAUUACGAACCUCAUAUACGCCAAAUUAAAUGACGUUGCUGGGAGCGACAGAGCUAGCUCUACAAACGAGGGUGCUACCGUGGGUGGUUCUAAUUUAAGUACAACUAUGGAUCAUAUGAUAAACGGUUACGGGGACGUGCCUGCGGUGACGCAUCAGCCUUCUAUGAACGGUUCUUUAAGUUCCAUAGUGCACAGCGAGGAAGAAUUAGCGGGUAGUUAUAAUUGGGACUAUUUAUUAGACUGGGGACCGCAGUAUCAGCCGCUGGCUCACGUGUUCUCGGAAAUAGCAAGACUGAAAGACGAUACCGCGUCGGUUCAUAGUGGGGCCAGUGCGACGUCUAGUAUAAAAAGUAAAAACUCAGUUGCUCAUUCUAAAACUGUACCUCCUCCUCUCAUAACUAGUGUCGCGCCGCGCUCAAUAGCGAUGCCAGUGUUAAACUCAAGAGGAGCUGCUAGUCACCACAACCAGAUGAUGAUGCUGCCCAGGUCGCCUAUCAACCAUGACGUGUCAGGCGCUACUUCGACGGCAAUGUCGCCGAGUUUUUCACCUAGUUUAUCCCCCCUAGCUACCAAGUCUCCGUCGGUGUCGCCACUUGUUGCUCCGGGGUUACCAGCUGCCCAUCAUGUGAUGGCUCGACAGACUGCUUCUAGAAAUAAAUCAGUGGUGGAUGCGGAACUGAGAAUUUAAAAUGUGUAUUUUAUAGUAAUUGUCGCGUUUUGGCUGUGCUGCAUUAUACAGACUGAUCCGACCACUUUAACAAAUUUUUAAGGUAGCAGUUGCGCCACGUUUUACCGAAAGUACAUUCUGUGAAUGUCAGUCAUUUUACCUUAUCAAACUGCAGUAAAUGUAACGUAAUAAGGUAACAUAUUGCUAUUUUAUAAAUUUACCUCAACCCCAAUGUUAGUUUAAAUAUGUAUAUGUAUAUUUUGUAGAUAACAAGAAUCUUAAUAAAAUGCUCAUAUAGGCAGCCAGUUCUGCCUGCCAUUCUUAGCCAUAAAAAACUACUAACAGUUUCAGUUUUGUACGUCGAAAGCAAAAUUCUUUGAUUUCGCAUUGGUAAUAUGAUUACCGUAGCUAUAUUGGUUUCCAACUUCUUCUUACACUUUUAGGGUAAGCUUCUCCACUAAUUAAGCAUAAACUGUUUAACUUUUCUCAAUUUUUCUUCCAUUGAGUUUAUAACAAAUUUCUUAAUGCUAUACUUACUUCUCGAAUUCCACAGUAAUUGACUACUUACUUCUUCAGCCGCUAUGACAAAAAAAUGAUACAAUUUGACCGUCCAUUGUCAUUCAGCCUUAUCCCUAUUACUUCAGUACCAUCUUUUGAUCUGCUAAAAGUUCCCAUUCUUUGUUUUUGACUCUUUUAGACACUAAUAUCCAAAAUACUUCGAUUUGUAUUUUACUCUUACCUUAUUUUAUUAUCUUUUAUCCCCUGAAUAAAGUCUUCCGAUCUAUUGGACGCUUCCAUUUAACAAAAACUCAUUGAUACCACUAUCCGAUCUUUUAGAAGCUUUAUGUCAGUUUAUUUAUUAUUAACCCAAAAUUGAUAUUCUGACAUUAUAAUUACUUUCUGGCCAUCCAACCGUUUUUCUACACUCAACAUCUUCAUCUGAGUUAGUAAAAUCUUUCUGCCAUUGAUUAUUUCUUGGUCUUUCUUUCAAUUUUGAUCAACGCUCAGACCAGCACUUCGGCUACUUGGUUGACAAAAACUACUUUCGGUUUCUCGUCAAGUUUCUCGUCAUCGAUUAUUAUCUCCUUCAACCACUUCUGCCUAAAAAGUUUCAGUUUUGUUACUCGCUGAAGUUUCAUCUUUAUUUCUACACUCUCUUCACCUUCAUCUGACCAACUAUAAUCUUCCUGCCAUCAAUGAUUUUUUCUUAAGCUGCUAUUAUCUCAAACUAUUAGUUUUGUUGACCUCUCCGAAAAUUUGGUUGCCAAACAUCCUCCUUAUACUACCUUCUGACCUUCUAGAAGUUUCCCGUUAUUCUUUUUGAGAUAUUACUAUUUCAAACAAUUAAUUUUGGUUCACCGACAAUUUGGUUGCCAAAAGUUGCCCUCUAAUACCACCCUCUGACCUUCUAGAAGCUUCAUUAAUUAUUUUCUUCUUCAACCAUUACAACUUAAAUAUGUUCUUUUUUUUUAUUCUCUGACUUUUCAACUAACAAUUUCUAAACUCUCUUCACCUCUCUUGAGCCUGCUAAAUGUAUCACCCAAAUUUUGGCCAACUCUGGUGAUAUAAUUACCAAAAACCACGGAUCUACCAAAAACCUUAUCACUUGAACUUUAAAUUCUCUCUUAAACGCACUAUAACUUUUAAACUACUGGUUUUAUUUGGUCCAUUGUUUAAAAUUGACUUCUUAAGGCACACAAACUUUUGCUAGUGGCGCCAUCUAUACAGUCGAUCCAAAACUUAUGAAGUUACUUAGCAAUUUAACUGUCAAAACUUUGGGAAUCAAAAGAGUCAUACUUAAUUUUCGAAAAAUACCCAAUAUUAAAAAUGUUAUCAAAGAAUUUUGCUUUCUUGCAUAUUGUAUGUAGGUUUUAAAUUAUUUUCCUUGUGUAAAAAUUGUAAUUAUUUGUAUUUUAUACUUCGUCGAAAGCCGUGACAACGACCAAUCUUGUUAACCGAAUUACCAUAAAGACAUUAUUGAAAAAUGACAGUUGACAUUUAUGUUUAUAUGCCUGUACCUAAUAAACCAUCGACUGAACAUUGCUGAUCGAGCAUCAGAUUGUAAAAAUGUAUAUUGUGAAUAAAUAAAUGAAUUUAUUAAUAU